GAAGCCUCUGCACAGCUGUCGGGACUGCUGCCCAGCGUCCCGUCAGGCGCUGCGCGGGGUCAGCGCGGGGUCAGCGGGGUCAGGCACACUGAAGCCGGGGGCCUCCGAGGUCGGGAGGCGCAGAUAAACCUUGCUUGCCUAACAGGGGCACCCUAUGACCAAUCUCUCAGCUCCAGAGCAGGAUGUACACACUGCUGUCUGGCCUGUACAAAUACAUGUUUCAGAAGGACGAGUAUUGCAUCCUCAUCUUGGGCCUGGACAAUGCUGGGAAGACAACCUUCUUGGAGCAGUCCAAAACCCGCUUUAACAAGAACUACAAAGGAAUGAGUCUCUCCAAAAUCACCACCACCGUGGGUCUUAACAUCGGCACUGUGGAUGUGGGGAAGGCACGGCUCAUGUUCUGGGACUUAGGGGGCCAGGAGGAGCUGCAGUCUCUGUGGGACAAGUACUAUGCAGAGUGUCACGGUGUCAUCUAUGUCAUCGACUCCACAGAUGAGGAGAGACUGUCGGAAUCCAAGAGAGCAUUUGAGAAGAUGGUCACAAGUGAGGCUCUGGACGGCGUCCCCAUCCUGGUGCUGGCCAACAAGCAGGAUGUGCAGACGUGCCUCUCUAUCCCUGACAUCAAGACUGCCUUCAGUGACUGCACCUCUAAGAUCGGUCGGCGGGACUGCCUCACCCAGGCCUGCUCAGCCCUCACGGGCCAGGGGGUGCGUGAAGGCAUCGAGUGGAUGGUGAAGUGUGUCGUACGGAACGUGCACCGGCCACCUCGGCAGAGGGACAUCACGUAGGCCAGCUGCACCCAGAACUGCAGGAGCUUCCAGCCUGCCCUGCACCCCAGCCUGGGGGUGGGUGGGAUGCACUUUCCCUACUGGGUUUUUCAUUUGCUUUAAUUUUUCUCUUAAGACAAAACUUUUCUGUGUUUGGUA